AUGAUCUACAACGCUGCAUUUGGCAAUUACAUGCUUGCUCGCUCUGAUCUUAAAACCCUGGAGGGUAGACGUAACAGUAGGCUACAUUGCAAUGAUCUCUUGCAUACCCUUAGAGAACUCCACCCUCCUUCACCAGCAGCUCACCAGCAUAGCAUCUGCAGAACAGGAGUUAUCCAACAUCUGCACCCACUGCCCUGGCUCCAGCCAUCUCCACCCACAACAGACCCGGUCAUUACGACUCCUGUUUCUCCUCCCAGCCUUCCUCAUCCAUCUUUCCAAACAUUGUCUACUGCUCUACCCCCUCCCGAAAUGCACGAAGUUCUCUCACAUCAUCUAAUCAACGUUGACUCACAAAUUAUGGAUUCUGAUAAUCCACAUCACUCCCACGUUCAAGACAGCUCGUCCCCCAACCGCACAAGUCAGCUCGGCACACUAAACCCUCUGGUCACAUGCAACAAGGUAGUUCAUUUCCCAAUACCCGGCCUCCCCUCACUGAAGUUCUUACCACUAGUAAAAUCACACAAGGGUAUCCAACAGCAUGAUCAUUCUUCCGGGCGUGCCUCUCUCAUCUCCAGUGAAUCGUACAGUGACACGUUUGGACAAUAA